AUGGAGCAGACAGUUAGAUCACUGAAGCGGACAGUUAGAUCACUGGAGCGGACAGUUAGAUCACUGGAGCAGACAGUUAGAUCACUGAAGCGAACAGUUAGAUCACUGGAGCGAACAGUUAGAUCACUGGAGCGGACAGUUAGAUCACUGGAGCGGACAGUUAGAUCACUGGAGCGGACAGUUAGAUCACUGAAGCGAACAGUUAGAUCACUGGAGCGAACAGUUAGAUCACUGGAGCGAACAGUUAGAUCACUGGAGCGAACAGUUAGAUCACUGGAGCGAACAGUUAGAUCACUGAAGCGAACAGUUAGAUCACUGGAGCGGACAGUUAGAUCACUGGAGCGGACAGUUAGAUCACUGGAGCAGACAGUUAGAUCACUGGAGCGAACAGUUAGAUCACUGGAGCGAACAGUUAGAUCACUGGAGCGAACAGUUAGAUCACUGGAACGGACGGUUAGAUCACUGGAGCGAACAGUUAGAUCUCUGGAGCGGACAGUUAGAUCACUGGAGCGGACAGUUAGAUCACUGGAGCAGACAGUUAGAUCACUGGAGCGGACGGUUAAAUCACUGGAGCGGACGGUUAGAUCACUGGAGCGGACAGUUAGAUCACUGAAGCGGACAGUUAGAUCACUGGAGUGGACAGUUAGAUAA